AUGGCGACGGACAUCGGGGAUUCGAUUGAACAAUCCAAUGAGAAUCCUGUCCCCGAGCAAACCAGCACAGCUCCUGUCCUUUUAGCGGAGACUACGAUUCAAGCCACUGCAGGUGUUCAACCUAUCGAGGUGCAACUGAAGAUCAAGCAGCCUGAAAUUGAACAGGCCGUGACUGAUACACCUGAUGACAACACUCAUACUAUUGAGCCGCUCAAGGUGGAGCAAAUCUCACCCGACCAGCCUGGUACUGAGCAGCUGGAUCACACAGCACCUUCAGUCUUGCCUGAGGAUUUGAAAGUUGCAGAAGUUCCUACGUCUAACGAGACCGACGCCGACAGGAGCCAAGCACCACCAGAGGUUCCUGUGUAG